CUGUUUCCAAUAGUUUCCAAUCCUGAGAAUGGCUGCUAUGGGUCUCCCAAGGUCUGAAGCUUGCACUGGGAUUCCACGGAGUCGUGGCUCUUUCCUCUGACAGUAGUUUUUCAAGGGUCUCAUGGCAGCUUGAAGACUAACAGACAAAACAAGGGGCAUUGGGUGUGGCCCUGGAGAUGACUAACCAUGUGGAGGUCCCCAUGGCAGAUGGCCCCCACAUCAGCUUGGAAGACCUGCCGAAACCCUGCCUGGAGAAAUACUGUGGUUGGCUUAUGAGAAAUGCGCUGCUUGCUCUCACAAUAAUUGGUGUGAUAUUGGGAUCUGUGUUUGGGGGGCUGCUGAGGCUGCUUCCACCCCUUGACAGUGACCUGAUCAUGCUGAUUUCAUUUCCUGGGGACAUCCUGAUGCGCAUGUUGAAAAUGUUGAUCCUGCCUCUCGUGAUAUCUAGUCUCAUUUCAGGUUUAGCUGGCCUAGAUGCCAAAUCCAGUGGGCGCAUGGGCACUCGUGCCAUGGUGUAUUAUUUGUCAACCACAGUGGCGGCGGCCAUCUUGGGUGUCAUACUGGUUCUAUCCAUCCAUCCUGGCAACCCAAAACUGAAGAAAACUUCGUCAAUGGCAACCAGAAAUGAGGAUGUCUCCAGCCUGGAUGCUUUUUUGGACUUGGUCAGGAACCUGUUCCCUGAAAACCUGGUGCAAGCCUGUUUCCAGCAGAUCCAGACUGUUUCAACGAAGGUGCCUGUACCACCUGUGGUGGUUCGUAAAGAAAAUGUCAGUCAGAUAGUCCGCGUCAAUGGGACGGUGCUCAAUGCUACCAUCACGGAAGUUAACGUGGGCCCCAGCACGAUUACCCAGAAACGGCUGGAGUUCAAGGCCGGAAUGAACGUUUUGGGUUUGAUUGGUUUCUUCAUCGCCUUCGGCAUUUCCAUGGGGAAGAUGGGGGAGCAAGCCAAGCCCAUGGCUGAUUUUUUCAACAUUCUCAAUGAGAUCAUCAUGAAGCUGGUCUCUAUGAUCAUGUGGUACUCCCCAUUUGGCAUUGCUUCCCUCAUCUGUGGCAAGAUUGCAGCUAUCAAAGACCUGGAGAUGGUAGCCCGGCAGCUGGGCAUGUACAUGGUGACUGUCAUCGUGGGCUUGGUUAUCCAUGGUGCCAUGGUGCUGCCCCUUAUCUUCUUUGUCAUCACCCGCCAGAACCCCUUCAUCUUCUACGCUGGUAUAUUCCAAGCAUGGCUUACUGCCCUUGGUACUGCCUCCAGUGCUGGGACACUGCCUGUCACUUUCCGCUGCCUUGAAGAGAACCUUAAAAUUGAUAGACGGGUGACACGCUUCGUACUACCCAUUGGGGCCACCAUCAACAUGGAUGGCACCGCUCUUUACGAGGCCGUGGCAGCCAUCUUCAUUGCGCAGAUGAACAGCAUAAACUUGGAUGGGGGACAGAUUGCCACCGUCAGCCUGACAGCCACAUUGGCCAGUGUAGGGGCAGCCAGUAUACCCAGUGCAGGGUUAGUCACCAUGCUUCUAAUUCUAACCGCUGUGGGGCUCCCCACCCAGGACAUCAGCCUCCUCAUUGCUGUGGAUUGGCUACUAGAUCGCAUGAGAACUUCCAUCAACGUGGUGGGUGACUCCUUUGGUGCUGGCAUAGUCCAUUACCUGUCGUUGAAAGAGCUGGAAGUCAUUGAUGCCAGGGCUGAGGGGCGUGAGCCAGAGCUAGACCCAGAUGCCCUGAAAAUGCAGGCUCUGGGCAAUCACCAGGGCCCACUUGAGGGCUCCAUCGGCUCCGGGUACACAGUUCUGCCCACUCAGGAAGAGGAUGAGCCUCCUCCAGAGAAAAUAGAUGCAGCGUCGCAAUACAGUGAGAAGGAUGAAGAGGAGCCUGCCAGUGAUGCUGAGGAAGGAGAAGAGAAGAAAGAGGAAGGAGAAUAGAUGCCCUUUCCCCCUUGC